AUGUCUCAGCCGGCUUGUCAGGCUCCCAUGCCUCAGCUGGUUCGUCAGGCUCCCAUCCCUCCGGUCGUGGUCCUGCGGCCGGAGCCGCGCGUCAGGGAGGGGAACAUGGAGGACCACCUAGCAUUCCUGAUCACCGUGCCCACCACCCUCUUCCUCUUCCUCUCCAUCUUCAUCCUGGUCUGCAUAGAGUCCGUCUUCAACCGCAUGCUCCGCCUCUUCUCUCUUAUAUGGGCCUGCCUGGUUGCCAUGGGUUACCUCUUCAUGUUCUCCGGGGGGAUCCUCUGUCCUUGGGACAGGUGAGGUGGGGGGGGGGUGUCCUUCUUCCUGUUCAUAGUGUUUGUGGUCUACACCAUGCUGCCGUUCUCCAUGAGGGGAGCAGUCCUAGCCAGCAUCAUCACAUGUUUAUCACACACAAUCACACUCAGUGUGUGUCUAGCGUUUACUGCAGAGGCCUUGGAACCACUGGUGUGGCAGAUCCUGGCUAACAUCAUUAUCUUUACGUGUGGUAACCUGGCUGGAGCGUACCAUAAGCACCUGAUGGACCUGGCCCUCAGACAGACCUACCAGGACACCUGCAACUGCAUCAAGUCCCCCAUCAAACUGGAGUUUGAGAAACACCAGCAGGAGAGGUUAUUGUUGUCCCUGCUCCCGGCCCAUAUCGCCCGCGUGAUGAAGGCAGAGAUCAUUCAGAGGUUACAGGGACCAAGGGACAGGGACUUCGGCCGGGCAGAGGGCACCAACAACUUUCACAACCUCUAUGUCCAACGACAUACCAACGUCAGUAUUCUGUAUGCAGACAUCGUAGGGUUCACUAAGCUGGCUGGUGACUGUUCACCAGGAGAACUGGUGCACAUGCUCAAUGAAUUGUUCGGCAAGUUUGACCAGAUAGCCAAGGAGAAUGAGAUGUAUGCGUAUAAAGAUCCUGGUGAUUGUUACUACUGUGUAUCAGGCCUACCAGAGUCUCUCCCUCACCACGCACGCAACUGGGUCAAGAUGGGACUGGACAUGUGUGAGGCCAUCAAGAAGGUGCGUGAUGCUACUGGUGUGGAUAUCAAUAUGCGAGUCGGGGUGCAUUCUGGGAACGUGCUGUGUGGCGUCAUCGGCCUCCAGAAGUGGCAGUACGACGUCUGGUCACAUGACGUCACUUUAGCCAAUCACAUGGAGGCAGGGGGCGUGCCAGGGCGUGUCCAUAUCUCCUCAGUAACAUUGGAGCAUCUGAAGGGCUCCUAUAAGGUGGAACCAGGGGAGGGACAGAGUAGAGACUUUUACCUGAAGGAACACGGAGUCAUCACUUACCUGGUCAUCAACCCCAAGGCUGAGAGGCGGAGCCCUCACCUGUGCGCACGUUCUCGUUCCUCUUUGGAAGGAGGGAAGAUGAGGGCGUCGGUCAGAAUGACUCGGUACCUGGAGUCCUGGGGGGCGGCAAAACCUUUUGCUAACCUGCACCAUCGAGACAGCAUGACCACUGACAACGGCAAAAUAAACACUACGGAUGUUCCAAUGGGCCAGUAUCACUACCAGAGAAGAGAGAGGACCAAAUCUCAGAAGAGACGGUUUGAAGAGGAACUGGAAGAGAGGAUGAUCAGAACCAUCGACGGCAUCAACUCCCAGAAGCAGUGGCUGAAGUCUGAGGACAUCCAGAGGAUCUCACUGUUCUUUCACAACAAGACUCUGGAGAAGGAGUAUCGAGCCACCACUCUGCCGGCCUUUAAAUACUACGUCACCUGUGCCUGUCUCAUCUUCUGCUGCAUCUUCAUAGUGCAGAUACUGGUCCUGCCCAAAACAGCAGUGUUGGGGAUCUCCUUCGGCAUGUCUUUUCUCCUGUGUUAUUUUAUCUACUGUUGUAUCCUGGGUCUGGUGUCGUGUUCUGUGUUCCUGAGGAUCAACUAGCUGAAGAUGGUUGUAAUGUUAGUUGCCAUGGUGAUCUACAACAUCAUCAUCCUCCAGACACAUGCCCCCCUGCUGGACGGAUACAGUACUGCACUCUACAGCACACAGACACUGGACAGGCCAGGCAUUCUAAAGGAUCUGGAAGACGAUGGGUUUGUUUCUCUCUUCAUCUUCACUCUACUGGUGUUAGCACGACAGAAUGAAUAUUACUGUAGGUUGGACUUCCUGUGGAGGGACAAGUUCAAGAGAGAGUGUGAGGAGAUCGAGACCAUGGAGAACCUCAACAGGGUACUACUGGAGAACGUUCUACCUGCCCACGUUGCAGAACACUUCCUGGGACGCAACUGGAAGAACGAGGAUCUGUACCACCAGUCGUAUGAGUCGGUGUGUGUGAUGUUCGCCUCCAUCCCAGACUUUAAGGAGUUCUACACUGAGUCAGACGUCAACAAGGAGGGCCUGGAAUGUCUCAGACUCCUCAACGAGAUCAUCGCUGACUUUGACGAACUGCUGUCCAAGCCUAAGUUCAGCGGGGUGGAGAAGAUAAAGACUAUUGGCAGCACCUACAUGGCUGCUACUGGGCUCAACGCUACACCUGGACCUGAAUACACACAGGAGCAUGACCGUCAGUACAUGCACAUUGGCACCAUGAUGGAGUUUGCCUUCGCCUUGGUUGGGAAACUAGAUGUCAUCAACAAACACUCCUUCAAUGACUUCAGGCUACGAGUUGGGAUAAACCAUGGCCCGGUGAUUGCGGGGGUGAUCGGAGCGCAAAAGCCUCAGUAUGAUAUCUGGGGGAACAGUGUUAAUGUGGCCAGCCGGAUGGAGAGUACUGGGGUACUGGGGAAAAUACAGGUAACCGAGGAGACGAGUCGUAUCCUGUUGACGCUGGGCUACAUGUGUUCAUGUCGCGGCAUCAUCAAUGUGAAGGGGAAGGGAGAGCUCAAGACCUUCUUCGUACACACAGAGAUGACCAGAUCGCUGUCGCAAGGGACUGUGAUGCCUUGAACAUCAUACACUGAGCAAUUUACACACACACACCCGCAAGCGCGCACACACACACACACA